GGCGGUAUUUCUUUACUGAAGCGAGAUCAGGACCAGAGCUACAGGCGACGUCCUGGUGCGUGCCUGUGGUCUCGUUAGCUAAAGGUUAUAGGUGAGAUCAGGUGAGCAGAUGUCUUUCUGGAUCUGUUGCAAUUUCUGUUUCCACCCUCCAGGCUCUGACCGCAAACUCGCCGUAACAACAUGUGGACAUCUUAUAUGCAGUGUUUGUUUUCAGAAAGGUACCCAAGGAACUUGUCUAAUAUGCAGUGCAAAAUGCCAAGUAUCCCCUCUUUCUGACAAGAGCAGCUCUGAGGUGAAAGCACUGUUUUCUGAUAUCAAUUCUGUUGCCAGCAAGCACUUCACAGAAAUCAGCAAGGUAAUAAUGUUCCAAGCAAGACAUCAAAAGAGGCUACUAGCAUAUUACCAGCAAAAGAAUGAAAAACUUGAACAGACUUUAGUCAAGAUGAAACAAGAAAUGCAACAAAUGAUGAAGAAACAAAAUGAACAGAGUGCCUACAUCAAAAAGUUGGAAAACUCAUUUCAACAUCAGAGUACCAAAGCUUCAGUUGCUCAAAAGAACCACAGUUCUCGUACUCCUCAAGGAAAUCAGCCUGUCAUGCACAUCCCCUUCAGUUCUCCCCUGAGUUUUUCAGUUCACUCCUCGACUGCCAUUUUGACUAAAAACAUGGAUGUGGAUGAAACAAGUUUGUUCAGAAAACCAAGCAACUCCACUUCAAGACUGUCCUUAACUAGCCCUUCGCAGGAAGGACGCAUGGGAACAAUACCCCACAAAAUCUUCAAUCAAAACAGGUUGGCCAACCAUUCUGCCAGCUCAGCCUCAGUUAGUCAUUUUCAGACAGCACCAAUCACCCCUGAAAUUUCAUUCAGUUCAGGAUUGAAGUCCCCCAUCUUCAAACCGCCAACCAGUUUCAGGCAUCCUUCUAUGUCCUCUCUGGUUAACCUUCCACCAUAA